AUGUUUUCUUUAUUUAUUCACUUUUGUGUAAUCUUUCACAAAUUCUAUCUAUCUAUCUAUCUAUCUAUCUAUCUAUCUAUCUGUGUUGAUUUUUUCUUGAAACCUGUUAUUCUUUCUUCUUCAACAGAUUUUUCUCUUCGAAUUAACGCUUUCCGUGUAGCUUUCAUUUUUUUCGUUCGAUUAUCUUUCACUUUCAGUACUUUCUUUCCUUCAGUUUACCUACUUCCAAUUCAUUCUUUCUUUGCUUUUCCCCACUUGCAGUUCUUUCUUUGCUUUUCCCCACUUGCAGUUCUUUCUUUGCUUUUCCCCACUUGCAGUUCUUUCUUUGCUUUUCCCACUUGCAGUUCUUUCUUUUGCUUUUUUUCCCCACUUGCAGUUCUUUUUUUGCUUUUCCCCACUUGCAGUUCUUUCUUUUUGCUUUUCCCCACUUGCAGUUCUUUCUUUGCUUUCUUUGCUUUCUUUCUUUGCUUUCCCCUUGCAGUUCUUUCUUUGCUUUUCCCCACUUGCAGUUCUUUCUUUGCUUUCCCCCACUUGCAGUUCUUUCUUUUGCUUUUCCCACUUGCAGUUCUUUCUUUGCUUUUCCCCACUUGCAGUUCUUUCUUUGCUUUUCCCCUUUGCAGUUCUUUCUUUUUGCUUUUCCCCACUUGCAGUUCUUUCUUUUGCUUUUCCCCUUUGCUUUUUUCUUUCUUUUUCUUUGCUUUUCCCCAUUUGCAGUUCUUUCUUUUGCUUUUCCCCACUUGCAGUUCUUUCUUUUUGCUUUUCCCCACUUGCAGUUCUUUCUUUUGCUUUUCCCCACUUGCAGUUCUUUCUUUGCUUUUCCCCACUUGCAGUUCUUUCUUUGCUUUUCCCCACUUGCAGUUCUUUCUUUGCUUUUCCCCACUUGCAGUUCUUUCUUUGCUUUUCCCCACUUGCAGUUCUUUCUUUGCUUUUCCCCACUUGCAGUUCUUUCUUUGCUUUUCCCCACUUGCAGUUCUUUCUUUGCUUUUCCCCACUUGCAGUUCUUUCUUUGCUUUUCCCCACUUGCAGUUCUUUCUUUGUUUCUCUUACAAUACUUUUUUCGUUUUACUCUUCCAGUUCUUACUUUUAUGCCUUUCUAGUCAACCCUUUCCGAUUCUCCUUGAAGAAAGCAAUACCAUCGAACAACACUGCAUGACAAAUGCAUCUACCCAUGAUGCAACAUCUAUCCAACAAUUUGUCCAUCCCAUUUGUCUCGGCUUACUCACCCCCAACACCUGA